AUGAAUGACUUCAAGUAUUCUGAUGAUCAAGCAAGUAGAUUAUUGUCUUUAUAUUUUCCUGGUGCCAAAAAUGGGGUCAACAAAGCUCGUUUUGUUGAGCGUUUUCUGGUUGGAGGAUGGAAAACAAACGAAGAUGCCGUUCAGAUGGCCAUUCUCUAUUUCAUCCAUACUUUUGUUUUUUCUCAACUAGGUGAUGUACCUAUAUCAGUUGAUGAUUUCAAGAUGGUAGAAGAUGGUAGUUAUGAGCAAUAUCCAUGGGGAAAAUUAGCAUAUUCAAAAUUGAUAAAAGGAAUGCGUCAGGAGUUUUCAAAUGCCAAACAAAUGUAUCGUCUAGGCGGCAUGCCAUACGCUCUGAAUGUUUGGAUAUAUGAAUGUGCAUCUCAAGUUCCCUCUGAAAUUGCUGUAAGAGUGGGCAAUAAAAUUCCCAGAAUUCUUAACUGGCGUGUUGUCGCCGUGAAGCCAAAAUUUGAGACCUUCAUGUCUACCAUCUUCAGUGAGUAUCAAUGCUCCAACAUUGUCCAAUCUCAACAUGAAAUGGAAUCUAUUGUCGUUCAUGACAGCCAACAGAAACCUGAAGAUUCAACAUCGGCUGCCAAGGUCAAUUUUAGAAAACCUCAUGAAAUCACUGGAUUUGAGGACUUUUCAACAACACCACCCACUGAAUUUUUAAAGAGAUCCAGGGAUGUCGCUGAGACAUCUUCUCCACCUCCUUCCAAGAGAAUGAAGACUUCCCCUGCUAAAAAGCCAAUUCAAGUAGAAACAACCAACAUGCACAAGGAUUUCUUAUCACCAAAUGAAUCAGAAAAUGUUGUUUCUCCUGACAAUGAACCAGGGGCAAAGUCACCAAAGGAAUCAGAAAAGCUUGUUUCUCCUGACAAUGUACCAGGGGCGAAGUCAGCUGUUGACCGGAAGUUCAAGCGUUUGGAGAACAAAAUGGAUUCAAAUCACAUUGAUCUUUUGAAAGCCAUCGAUAGUAUGGCGAACCGAAUGACUGGCACAUCAUCUCAAGUUAAAAAAGAUGAUUUUGAUCAAUCAUUCCAUGUGGUUGAACAACAAGAAGCACCUACUGGAUUGGAGGGACCUGAACCAUCCAUCAUGAUAAAUCAGGUGGACAACAUAUCGGAACAAAGCAUUUUAGCAGAUGUUCCUGAAUUAUUUGAUCAUCAAGUUUAUUCUGAUACAUUAAAGACAUUUAGUACAUUUAUAUCAUAA